CACUGAAACCACAGUGCAGACACGAACCGGGACAGAGACAGGGCACAAGAAAGUGACGCUAGCUACUGUCUGCACAGAAUUGUACCAUGCCAAACUACAAACUGAUUUAUUUUAAUAUGAGGGGGAGAGCAGAAAUUAUUCGUUAUAUAUUCGCUUACUUAGACAUAAAGUAUGAAGAUCACAGAAUAGAACAAGCGGACUGGCCCCAAAUCAAACCAACGCUUCCGUUUGGCAAAAUCCCUGUUUUGGAGGUGGGAGGACUUAUGCUUCACCAGAGUCUUGCUAUAGCAAGAUACUUAACUAAAAACACAGAUUUGGCUGGGAAGACAGAGUUGGAGCAAUGUCAAGUUGAUGCUGUUGUGGACACGCUGGAUGAUUUCAUGUCACUUUUUCCAUGGGCAGAGAAAAAUCAAGAUGUAAAAGAACGGACGUUCAAGGAGCUACUCACAUGUCACGCGCCUCUUCUUCUGAAAGAUUUGGACACAUACUUAGGGGACAAAGAGUGGUUUAUUGGUAACUAUCAGGUAACAUGGGCAGACUUCUACUGGGAUAUCUGCAGCACCACACUUUUGGUCUUAAAGCCCGACUUGUUGGAUAUCCACCCCAGGCUGGCGUCAUUGCGGAAGAAGGUCCAAGCCAUCCCUGCCAUUGCUGCCUGGAUACAAAAGAGGCCACAGACCAAACUCUGAUCCAGGCCCCAGCACCAGAAGAGAGCACCAUCAGCCCAGCAGACCCACAGACUUCUUACUACCACCAGGGCUCCGUUUUGUAUUCUGCUUGCUAUGACUCCUUUGGUUUUGUUUUUGCUUCUGUAGGCAUUUAGUUUACAGUAUUUUACUUUUUCCAGAACUUUACACUUUCCAUAAUUAGAAGCAAAGAGUUCAAAAAUACAUAUUGCUUUGCAUUG